UCCGGAGUCUUCAAAAGUCCGAAACAGAAGAGGUGGGAUCACAGCAGCUUAUUAAACCGAGGCUGCAGCAGGCGGGGAUCCAGUCCAAUAGAGGUCGGGCGCAGCGGGGGCGAUGGCGAGCGAAGGAGCUGCUAACGGCCAAGGGAAAAGCUUCCUCCCCGACCGGGCAGAGCCGCCGAGUUCAGCCGGGGUGCCCAUGUUGCCGGCUCUGGAGGUGUCGGAGGAGCCGGAGAAAGCGGCCACGGCGGGGGUGCUCAAAGGGAAAAACAAGGACCCCUCUUACAAAGUCCUCUCCCUGGUAUUAUGUGUCAUUGUGCUUACAAUUAUCUUAGGAUGUAUAUUUGGACUGAAACCUAGCUGUACAAGAGAUGUGAAAACCUGCAAGGGUCGUUGCUAUGAAAGAACAUUUGGAACCUGCCGCUGCGACAAGGAAUGUGUUGAACUUGGAAACUGCUGUUUAGAUUUUCAGGAAGCUUGUACAGAACCUGUUCAGACAUGGACCUGCACCAAAUUUAGAUGUGGUGAGAAGAACCGGCCAGAAUAUCAUUGUUCCUGCUCGGAUGAUUGUGUGAAAAAUAAUAAUUGUUGUGUCAAUUACGACUCUGUUUGCCAAGGAAAGACAAGUUGGCUUGAAGAGAAAUGCGAAGACAUCAGUAAAAACCAGUGUCCAGAAGGGUUUACAAAACCGCCAGUGUUACUAUUUUCUUUGGAUGGAUUCCGAGCUGAAUAUUUGCAAACUUGGGGCAAACUUCUUCCUGUUAUUAGCAAAUUAAGAAAAUGUGGGACAUAUACUCGCAGCCUAAGGCCAGUAUAUCCAUCAAAAACAUUUCCUAAUCAUUACAGCAUUGCUACGGGUCUGUACCCAGAAUCCCAUGGUCUAGUGGAUAAUAAAAUGUAUGAUCCAGAGAGAAAUGCUAGUUUCACACUCAAAAAUGCUGAGAAGUCUAAUCCACAGUGGUACCAAGGACAGCCAAUUUGGCUGACUGCAAUGUAUCAGGGACUAAAAGCUGCUUCCUUUUUCUGGCCUGGUUCGGAUGUUGAUGUCAAUGGAAGUUUUCCAAACUUCUACAAAUUAUACAAUAGAUCAAUACCAUUUGAAGAAAGAGUAAUAACAUUUCUUAGAUGGCUACAAUUACCAGAAGAAGAAAGACCACACUUUUACACUCUGUAUUUAGAAGAACCAGAUUCCUCAGGACACAGUUAUGGGCCAAUCAGCAGUGAAGUCAUUCUUGCAUUAGAGAGAGUAGACAAAGUGGUUGGGUUGUUGAUGGAUGGUCUUAAGCAAAUGAACCUUCACAACUGCAUUAAUAUUAUUCUUAUUUCUGACCAUGGAAUGGAGGAAGCUAACUGCCAAAAAACAGCCUACCUGGACACAUAUCUGGGCAAUGUUAAAGACCUGUUUGUGGUACCUGGCCCUGCAGCUCGCUUAAGACCCCAAAACUCUCCAGAUGAGUAUUUCUCUUUUGAUUAUGAAGGCCUUGUCAGAAACCUUACAUGUUUGGUCCCAGAGCAGCAUUUCAAGGCAUACCUGAAGCAGAUGCUUCCCAAGCGAUUUCACUAUGCCAAUAACAACCGGAUUGAAUCUGUACAUUUUUAUAUGGACCAGCAGUGGCAGCUUGCCCGGAUACCAUCUGAGCUCAAAUAUUGCACUGGUGGAUUUCAUGGAUCAGACAAUGUAUUUGCAAACAUGCAGGCACUCUUUAUUGGAUUUGGACCUGGAUUCAAAUUUCAAACAGAAGUUGAUCCCUUUGAAAAUAUUGAAAUCUACAAUUUAAUGUGUGAUCUUCUUCAUUUAACACCAGCCCCUAACAAUGGAACUCAUGGAAGCCUCAACCACCUUCUGAAGAGAGCCAGUUAUAUUCCCAAGCAUCCCAAAGAAGAAAGCAGCCCCUCUUCAUGCCCUUCGGUGGGCCAGAGGACCUCCACUGAUGGCCAUGGCUGCUCAUGUAAAUCUUUGGGCUUGCCACUGAUUCAACCACAGAUAGACCUUACUACUUCAGAAAUGAAGAAGAUAGAAAAAUUCAGCUUGCCAUUUGGGAGGCCUCAUGUACUCCAAAAGAAGCAGAAGUUUUGCCUUCUUCAUAACCAUCGUUAUGUCAGUGGAUUUAGCCAGAACAUCAAGAUGCCUUUGUGGAGUAGCUAUUCUGUUAACAAGCAUGAUAGCUGGAACACUUCUGCAAGUGCCACCAGAAGCUGCUUCUACACGGAUCAUCGUAUUUCUUUAAACAGCAGUCAGAUUUGUUCAUUUUACAAAAAGCACCCUCAGCUUAACUAUGGAUUUCUUUUUCCUCCAAAUUUGAUUAAAGAAGAUAAGAAAAACUAUUAUGAAGGAUUUCUCUCAAGCAACAUAGCACCAAUGUAUUCUGCUUUUCAAGUGAUUUGGGAAUAUUUUAAUGCUGUCCUACUGCCAUCAUAUGCUGCAGCCAGGAAUGGUGUAAAUGUGAUCACAGGUCCUAUAUUUGAUUACGACUACGAUGGCCUAUAUGAUACACCAGAGAAAAUAAGACGGCACUCCAUUAAUUCAGCGGUCCUGAUUCCCACUCACUACUUCAUUACGUUGACAAGUUGUAAAAAUGUUUCCCAGACGCCUUUGCAAUGUGAAGAAUCCCUUGAUGUUAUAUCUUAUAUUUUACCUCACAGAGAAGAGAACAGUGAAAGUUGCACAGUUGGCAAGCCCGAAUCCUUAUGGGUCGAAGAGAGAAUGAGAUUCCAUGUUGCUCGAGUUAGAGAUGUGGAACUUCUUACAGGACUUAGCUUUUAUCAUGAAGGAAAGCAGCCUGUGGCUGAUAUUUUACAGCUGAAAACAUAUUUGCCAAGUUUUGACAAAGCCAGAAUCUAACUUUGUACCAAAAAAAGAGAGACUUCGUAAACACGCUAGAAGAUUUUUCAGAAGAUACUUGGAACAAAAUGGGAACAAGGAAGAAACUGUGCCACAUUUUGUAUCUCAGGGACAUUUAAUGGACCACCUAUAUCAGAGACAAAUAGCUUUCAGCCUUAUUAUUCUCUUCAAUGUGAUAGAAAUGUCUAUCCAGGGGUGUCCAAACUUGGUCCCUUUAAGACUUUUGGACUUCAACUCCCAGAGUUCCUCAGCCAGCUUUGCUGGCUGAGGGACUCUGGGAGUUGAAGUCCAAAAGUCUUAAAGGGACCAAGUUUGGACACCCCUGGUCUAUACUGUUAUAAAAGCCUGUCUGCAGCAUCAAAGCAACAGAUCAAAUGGGAUAAAAAACCCAACAGUUUUACAAUGAUUUCAACAGUAUAAAAAGUGUUCAGGAGUUAAUUUAUUCUGCCUGAGUUGUUGUUGGUUUUGUUUUGUUUUGUUUUGUUCUGUUGUGUAACAGAGGCAGGAGCAAAUUAACUGCAAGUGAACCCAAUUGGCAUGUAUAUUUCAAAAGUUAUAAGUAAUAUACAAAGUUUUUUUUAAUUGUCAUUUUCUGAACUUUUUUUCACUCUAUUUAAUAAAUAGAAUAUAAUUUAAUGGAUAUUCUUAAUUUUUUGGGAGGAAAAUAUACACAUUUAUGCAUAUCAUUUCAGAAGUUCUUUUAAGAUUAAUGGAAUUUACUUUCAGUUGUGUGGUUAUAGGAUUACAGCUUUAAUAUACUGUGGACUGCAUCAGUGGUGGGUUUCAAAUUUUUUUACUACUGGUUCUGUGGGCAUGGCAUGGCUUGGUGAGCGUGGCUUGGUGGCGUGACAGGGGAAGGAUACUGUAAAAUCUCCAUUCCCGUCCACCCCACUCCAGGGGAAGGAUACUGUAAAAUCCUCAUUUCCUCCCAAUCAGCUGGGAUUUGGGAGGCAGAGAAUAGAUUGGGGUGGGGCCAAUCAGAAUUUUUACUACCGGUUCUCCGAACUACUCAGAACUACUGGUUCUCCAGAACUGAUCAGAACCUGCUGAAACCCACCUCUGGACUGCAUGUUCCUGAAAACAUAAAAGAUGAUUGCAUCGUGUUGGUGCAAUACUUACAUAAUAUUCAUGUCAUGUUUUUGAUACUGCCAUCAUAUCCCCAGAUACUGUUUCAGGGGUCCCCAGCUGCCAGUCUGCAGACUAGUACCAGUCCGUGGCCUGUUAGGAACUGAUCUACGCAAGCAG